AUGUCUGGUGCUGCUCCCACUCCCAACGCCGAUGAAGACAAGAAACCUAACGAUAUCGCUCAUAUCAAUUUGAAGGUCAAAGGCCAGGAUGGCAAUGAAGUAUUCUUUAGGAUAAAGAGGAACACUCAACUGAAGAAGCUUAUGAAUGCAUACUGCGACCGUCAAUCUGUGGACCUCAAUUCAAUUGCCUUUUUAUUUGAUGGACGCCGACUCAGGGCAGAACAGACUCCUGAUGAGCUUGAAAUGGAGGAUGGCGAUGAGAUUGAUGCAAUGUUGCACCAAACUGGUGGAACCCUAUCAGUUUAA